AUGCAAACGAGAGAAGCAGAGGCUGUCGUGAAACUUCGCAGUGCAUCUCUCAACGUCUCACCCAUGGGCACUUCAACAAUGCAGAAACGCAUCUCGGGCACUGCUGCUGCUGCAGCCUAUUUCAAGCCGGCACCGUCAGAGAUUCUUUAUGGACGAAUGCGUUUUCUUAUCACCGAUCGACCCAGCGAUAGUUCAAUCCAUUCGUUCAUCGAGGAGCUUGACAAACAUUCGGCUCGUGCUGUUGUACGCGUUUGUGAACCAACCUACGCUACAAAGCCGUUGCGUGAUCAUGGUAUAGAUGUACUUGACUGGGAGUUCUCCGAUGGCUCUCCUCCACCACCAGAGGUCAUCCGUGACUGGCUGCAGCUGGUGCGUUCGUCGUUCCGCGACCAUCCUGAUCAGUGUAUCGCUGUGCAUUGUGUUGCGGGUCUAGGCCGAGCUCCAGUUCUGGUAGCACUUGCUUUAAUAGAAGCUGGCAUGAAGUAUGAGGAUGCCGUUGAACUUAUCCGCAGACAAAGACGGGGUGCUUUGAACCAAAAACAGCUCAAUUUUCUCGAGAAAUAUAAACCAACCGGCGAGCUCCGGAAGUUUCGAUAUUCUGUUAAUGGGAAACAGAAGUCAUGCGUCAUCAUUUAG